GUGGGGAACGUUCCUUAAAGGGAUCAGACCGUAACCAAUGAGAAGCAGAGGAGAUGUCGAGGGGAGGGUCCGUCGCUGACUAGCAGGUCCAUCGACCUGUAGAUUUGAUUGGUCUAGGGCGGGCACAAUGGCUUCCUUGGAGCCCGUGGUGGUGGAUCUGAUCAGCGAUAGCGGCAGCGACGGGGAGGCCGGCGCGAGUGGUGCCAGGGGCGAACAGGGCCCGGCCUAUUCUAAAGGGGGAGGCCGCCCCUACCCCCGCGACAGCGACAGCGACAGUGAGGAGGAGGGGGCCGGGGCGGCGGAGCGGCUGCGGCUCCGGCCCCCUGCCCCGCGGCGGCGGCGCCUUCUGCUGGGGGCAGGGGAGGCUCCCGUGGUCCCCGUAUAUUCGGGCAAGGUGAAGAGCAGCCUCCGCUUCCUUCCCAAGGAUCUUAGGCAGCCACUGUUCACCGGAAGCUCUAGCGGGGAAGAUCUGGAUUUGGAUUCUGAUAGACCCCUUUCUGAGACCAUCCUUUUGCCAGUUUCUUCCUCAGAAAAGAAUCAAAAGACUAGUGAUGACGAAGAGGAGAGCCAUUUUUUGGUCCGGGACAGUUCCUCUUCUCCUUCUCCCCCUCCAAGGCGCCGUGGGCCAUCAAGGAAACCACCAAGAGCCUUUGGGAAGAUAAGGGAGGUGAAUAAGCGCUUGCAGGGUCUCCGCUCUUACUUGAGUCCCUUGUCACCCAAAGACCGUGUUUUGGAGAACUCUGAGGAUGAAGUGAUCUUGGUGGAGGAGAACCAUGUUAGGGAGAGCCCCCGACUCUUAACUCUGAAAGUGAGGUGUCGGUCUGACCUUGUCAGAUUACCUCUCAGUACGGCUGAGCCCUUGCAGGUUGUUGUAGAUCACAUGGCGUCUCAUCUAGGAGUGUCCCCUGCUCGAAUUCUUCUGCUGUUGCGAGAAGUAGAACUUUCCCCUCAUGCCACCAUCAGCUCUCUAAAGAUUGGAGUGGCUGACAUCAUUGAUUGUGUGGUGCUGUCCAGUACUCCCAAGCCUUCGAAAGAGUCAGAAUCGGGUGAGGAACUUCGGCUCAGGGUUCAGGGGCAAGAGAAACACCAGGUCUUGGAGGUCACUGUGCCCCGGGGUGCUCCUCUUAGAACACUGAUGUCUCACUAUGCAGAGGCCAUGGGACUCAAAGAACAUAAGCUCUCUUUCUUUUUUGAUGGUGAGAAGCUUUCAGGCCAAGGGACCCCAGCAGAGUUAGGUAUGGAACAAGAGGACCUCAUUGAAGUUAGGGGUUGAAGUGCAGUGUUCUGCCUUCCACCUCCUGCCCUGCUUUCAGGCUGUUAGAUGUGAAGCUGGGGCUCCUCCAGAAUCGAAGCUGAAUGCUUGCCCUUCUAGUCUCCCAUUUCUGUCUUCUCUCCCCUCUUCCAGUUGCUCUAAAACUAGAUCUGAGAAAGACCUUCCCUUUCCCCCAUAUUUUCCCUUGUCAUCAUUUACCCCUUACCCUUAUUUCACAAGUAUCCUGGGUGAGGAGCUGCUGCUCUAAGUACUGGUUCUUCUUGGUUUCUAUGAAUGCAUCCUAGUCUCCCUCUGCUAGCUGAAGGAUUUGUUGAGUCCCAAUUAUCCUGUAUAUAUGUAUAGAUAAAUGUGUCCUUUGACCUUUGUCUCCUUGCAUUGAUUCUUUUGGAUCUUGGGGUGUGAAGAUAUUGCAGACCUCUUGUUUCCAAAUAUCUUUUCAUGAAACCAGUCAUUUUUGUAACUGGAGUUAAAAUAAAAUGAAUUGAUGUAGUUUGGA